CAGCAUUAGCUGAAUUGCGCGUACGAAUACCAGCUGAUUAUUAAGCGGAUAUUUAAGUAGUCUUUCUUGCUGAGGAAACAGCUAAAAACAUCAAACUAUCGUGGGAGGCUGUUUUCACAUUUGUCAGUCACGCACAACACUUUAAAUUAUGUAGGUUGGGAAAAUAAAAUAGAGGACGCAUUCUAAAUUCGUGUAGCAGAAAAAAAUAAAAAAUCAUAUUUUAGUGAAAAUAGUUUAUCAUACGGACCUUUUUGCCGCGAGAGACAAAAUUUUCUACAACACGACGCGUGACUGCAGUGCAGAGAAUCAAGUGACGCCUUUACCGCCUUUUCCCGGCGUUCAAAGAGCGCAGCGACGGAUAAAUAGAGAAGCCGAAAGGAACGCCUAAGAUAGGAUCAAUAGAAUAGCUAUUAGGAAGAGUGAGUGGAAAGGCGUACGCAAAAAAAGUAAGCCCGUUGGCCUUCAACCGUUUGCCAUGUUGGGCGAUCUACCAUUCGUUGACCUGGCCGACCGCGGCGAUGGCGUCUUCCGUAUGGCGCCAGCCCUAGAUCUUGAUGAUGAUGGCAUCCCAUUGCGUGCUCCUGCAGUGCAGUUGCUUGAAAUCCAUGAGCCGAACUUGCGUAUCAAUCCUAACCAUGAGGGCGGUAACCAACGCGGAGGCCCACAUGCGGCAGGUCGUAGGGAGGAAAGACAACGUCGAGAGAAUGAGAAUCGACUCCUUCACAUGCGGCUUUUUCCUAAUCAGAACAGCGGCAGUAUUAAUAGCAAUGCUGGCGGCAGUAACGGUUCCAGCACCAACGAUGGCAGCUACGCCAUGUGGAAGAAUUUCAAAAUGGAGGACGAUGAUGAACCUGGCGGCCGGCUAGCAGCUGCUGGCAAAAAUGCAAUCCCGGCUGUACGCCGCUUGAUCAAGGAGUUGCAUCUGAUGGAAACAGAUCCCCCAGAGAACACCUGGGCACGUCCCAAGUCGAUGAACAAUCUGCUUAAGUGGCGUGCCAAGAUACGUGGCCCUGAAGGUUCGCCAUACGAGAAUGGCGUUUUUGAGAUUUCAUUGACUUUUCCCGAAGCCUAUCCCUUUGAGCCGCCUAUUGUGCGCUUCACCACACCCCUUUAUCAUUGCAACGUCAACGGUCUUGGUUAUAUAUGCGUGGAUGUAUUGAACGAACGUGCUUGCUGGUCACCCGGCUUAACCAUUGACAAAUUGCUACUCUCGCUAUCAUCGAUGCUGAAUGAUGCAGAUCCGAAUACUGCCUUCAAUGCCGAAGCGGCCAGUGUCUAUAUGAACGAUCGCGCGAGUUACGACAAUAUCGCGCGUGCCUGGACUCGACGACAUGCCAUGGACAAGGAAUGGGAGACUUAGACGAAGACUGAUGUACGGAGGGAGAGUGGACGAGAGAAAGGGAAUGAAGGAGAGUAAUUGGGAGCGGCGAACAUCAGAAGAAGCAUAGAUACACAUUAACAAAAAUAGGACACUAGGUGGAGAAGUGGAGUGGGAGGCAACCAGGAGAGGAGCGGGGCGACGAAGAUAACGGAGCGAACCAAACGAAACCAAACAGGUGCAAUUGGCUAGCGCUGUGGGUCAUGCCAGUUUCAUGUCGUUCUUCAAAUCAGUAGAGCAUUGGCGGUUUAUCAUAGUUUCGAUUGUAAAUGGAAUGAAAGUUUGGAAUCAUAAAAAUAAUGGUCCUCUGUUCGAACUUAAA